GGCCAUUUUACCGCUCAUCAUAUUGGUGUCACCUCGGUAUGUGGCCAAGCCGCAGGCUCCCCUAAGCAACGAACAUCACGGUUGCCUGCGAAAGGCAACAAGUGGUGACCCCGACGUGAUGCUUAGGGGAACGACUCGGCUGUCUGCUUGACGGGGCAGGAGCCCACCGCGGGGCGUUAGCACUUGCUGGGCGGUGGAAGCCCGGGGACGAGCCUGGGGACAGAGGGAAUCUGCAGUCACCCCUCUGUCGGCAGAGGUCGCGGACGAGCGACGGAUAUAGCCUCCGGAAUCACACCGGAGAAGAGCCUGGGAUCCUGGUCUCAAUCGGGAGGAGGAUUGGAGGCGACAUGGAAACCGUCAUAAAGAUGGAUUUAAUGGCAUUUAUCAAUAAAGCUAGCUGUGAAUGUCUUAAUGAAAGUGAUGAGCAUUCAACCUUCCUCGAUCUAUGGAUUUUGAAGAAGCAGAAACAAGUGAACCAACUCAAGCCCUGGAGCUAACACCAGAUGAUAUUAAAGAAGAUGGCAUUGUCCAGCUUCGCUAUGUUAAAUUUCAGAACGUUAACUGUGUAACUUUGUUUGUCCAGUCCAAUCACGGUGAUGAAGAGGCAACAAGAAUUACAUACUUGACGUUUAUUGGAACUCCAGUCCAAGCGACAAAUAUGAAUGACUUCAAGCGAGUAGUUGGCAAAAAAGGAGAGAGCCACUAGGAUGCGCAAGACACUGGAAGGCCUUAUUCCAAUCAACUGAGAUCUUCACUUCUAUCUACAACUCCCAGAUAAUUGCUUGACCCUAGCCAGAGGAUUUCAUUUAAUGCCAUUACCAAUAAAUUACUGUUUUUGUUGAGAUGGAGUUUCAGUAGUGUGACUGUUGUAGUCCUCGUUAUGUGUAUUUGUAAAUAAAAUUAAUUGCUUUUGUCAACAUUAAAUUUGUUAUUCUGCUAA